AUGGCUCAGGUUAACGAGGAAACGUCCUCGGAAUCCGAUUGGGUAAAGCUUGUAAGCACUGACGGCUACAGCUAUCUUGUCCGUCGUAAAGUGGCCAUGGGAAGCGCAACGUUGAGGAAUAUGUUGAACGCGGACAAUAAAUUCCUUGAGGCACUGUCAAACACUUGCGUUAUCAACGAACGUGGCGUGAUAGUUGAAAAGUUGUGUGAAUACCUCUCAUAUAAGGCCCUAUACGAGAAUACUCCUGCGAAGGAAGUUCCCGACUUCACUGAACGUCUGCAACCUGAAAUAGCAUUGGAGAUGUGCGCAUUUCCUCUUUCGUUUUUCAGUCUCGCUCACAAUGGACAGGAAUCUCACGCUGAUUCACCGCAGCGUAAGGGGCCUGUCCGGCGAGGGUUAUUUGCUCGCAAGCUUCGUGGCGCAUCGGAUCCUGUUGCGCUGAAUUCGCUACCAUUCUGUGUACUGUCUGCUCUGUUCCUCGAAGCCGGAUGGAUGCCUGGCCAGUCCCUGUUUCCAUAG